ACAACUCAACCCCAAAGACAACUUCAAUAUGGUUUCCACACACAACAGAGACAAGCCAUGGGAUACCGCAGAUAUUGACAAGUGGGCUAUUGAGGACUUUAAGCCGGAGGACAAUGCAUCUGGGCAGGCGUUCGCCGAAGAGUCUUCCUUCGUGACCUUGUUCCCGAAAUACAGAGAGAACUACCUCCGCUCGGUGUGGUCGCAGGUGACGACAUCGUUGGAGAGAUUCCACGUCGGCUGCCAGCUCGAUUUGGUGGAGGGGUCCAUGACUGUCAAGACCACUAGAAAGACGUACGACCCAGCCGUGAUCUUAAAGGCCAGAGACUUGAUCAAGUUGUUGGCCAGAUCCGUGCCGUUCCCACAGGCGGUCAAGAUCUUGCAGGACGACAUUGCGUGCGAUGUCAUCAAGAUCGGCAACUUUGUCACCAACAAAGAGCGUUUUGUCAAGAGAAGACAGAGAAUGGUGGGCCCCAACGGGAACACGUUGAAGGCGUUGGAGUUAUUGACCAAAUGCUACAUCUUGGUCCAGGGGAACACGGUUUCCGCGAUGGGACCAUUCAAGGGUCUCAAGGACGUCAGACGUGUGGUGGAGGACUGUAUGAACAACAUCCACCCGAUCUACCACAUCAAGGAAUUGAUGAUCAAGAAGGAGUUGGCAAAGAACCCUGAGUUGGCCGAAGAGGACUGGUCCCGUUUCUUGCCGGCGUUCAAGAAGCGCAACGUUGCACGUAAGGCCAAGAAGCCAAAGGCCGGCAAGAAGAAGGACAACGUGGUCACGCCGUUCCCAGCGGCCCCAAUGCCGAGAAAGGUCGAUUUGGCCAUCGAGAGUGGUGAAUACUUCUUGAGCGGCAGAGAGAAGGCCAUGAAGGCAUUGCAGGAGAAGAAGGACAGGCAAACCGAGAACCAGGAGGUCAGAGACAAGGAGAGGGCCAAGGAUUUUGAAGCACCGGUCGAGGCGGCCUACGAAAACAAGCUCUUGGAGAAAAAGAGAUCUGGCGAGGCUCACGGCGAGAAGAAAAAGAAGAAGAAGGUUUCCGAAGAGUAA